UCUUCCUACUCUGCCUCAAACCUGUCCUGUUUAAUUUGAAUCGCCGCAGCUUAUCCAGAUAACCAAAUAUGGGUGGCCGGCAAGAUGACGUCACUGCAACUUCCGGCCUCCAAAUUCCGUUGAUUAGAUCCCUCGAUCCUCCGAGAAAGCCCUCAAGGAAUAGAUUUUCUUCUCUAUGCGCAAUCAUGGCUUCCAUGUCUUCCGUCUUGCUCGGUUACGAUAUAGGUGUAAUGAGUGGAGCCGCAAUCUACAUUCAACAGGAUUUCGAGAUCUCCGAUGUUCAGGUUGAAAUUCUGGUCGGGAUCAUUAACCUCUACGCCACUAUUGGCGCCGCCGCCGCCGGUAGAACCUCAGACUGGAUUGGCCGCCGCUACACCAUGGUUCUCUCCGCUGGCUUCUUCUUCGUCGGAGCUAUUCUCAUGGGGUUUGCCCCUAACUACCCCCUUCUCAUGUCUGGUCGAUUCGUCGCCGGGAUCGGCAUCGGAUAUGCCUCAUUGAUUGCCUCUGUUUACACCGCCGAGGUUUCUCCAGCGUCUUCUCGCGGCUCUCUCUCCUCUUUUCCGGAGUUUUUUCUAAAUGUCGGAAUCUUGCUCGGUUACGUUUCCAAUUAUGCGUUCUCCAAGUUCCCACUUCAACUGGGCUGGAGAUUUAUGCUCGGAAUCGGCUUAUUCCCCUCCCUAUUCUUGGCCGCCAUCGUCAUUUUUGUAAUGCCGGAAUCCCCACGGUGGCUGGUAAUGCAAGGCCGACUCGGCGAAGCCAAACAAGUCCUCAACACAACCUCAGAUUCCAUCGGAGAGUCUCUACAGCGCCUCGCCGACAUCAAAAAAGUUGUUGGAAUUCCGGCCAGUUGCGAUGACGACGUCGUUGAAGUUCCAAAACAGAGCACCCACGGCGGCGGCGUAUGGAAAGAGCUCUUCCUCCACCCAACGCCGGCCGUACGCCACGUCUUGAUCACCGCCGUCGGCGUCCAUUUCUUCCUAGAGGCGACCGGUAUGAACGCUGUCGUAUUGUACAGCCCAAGAAUCUUCGAGAAGGCCGGAAUCGCAUCCUCCGACCAUAAGCUUCUAGCGACGGUGGCUGUCGGCGUGACGAAGACGGUGUUCAUCUUGGUAGCUACUGUCCUGUUCGACAGAGUUGGACGGCGGCCGUUGAUUCUGACGAGCGUGGGAGGAAUGAUUAUAUCGCUAGUUACCUUGGGGAUUGGGCUGACGAUUAUUGAGCGGUCGCACGAGGAAGGCACGUGGGUAGUGGGGCUUUGCGUUGGGAUGGUCUUAGCCGACGUGGCGUUUUUCUCUAUGGGGAUGGGGCCCAUGGGUUUCGUCAGUUCCGAGAUUUUUCCGUUGAAGCUACGCGCUCAAGGGGUGAGCGUGGGAAUGGUGGUGAAUAAUGCUGUGGGGUCAGUUGUGUCAAUGACGUUUUUGUCCCUGUACCAUGCGAUUACGAUUGGUGGUGCGUUUCUCCUCUACGCCGGCGUCGCGACGGUAGGUUGGGUGUUUUUCUAUGUGGUGUUUCCGGAGACUCGGGGAAGGAAUUUGGAGGAAGUUGAGGGGCUUUUUGGUAAUUUGCUGUGGAAAUUUUCUACAAAGAAAGAUGAUAAUACAGACGUGGAAAAUAGUUGAAAUUGUUAGAAAUAAAGUUUUUUUUUUUUUUUUUU